CGCAAGUGUAACGCUGUAAGGUGUUAAACAAGUAACCAUCUCUCAUUUGCCUAGACCACAUAUUGAGUGAAAUAUGAGGAGCAACCUGUUGCAUAAUUGUGUCCGACAUUUUUCGAGCGAAAAAAUCAUUCCACAAAUAUGUGUUAUCGGUGCUGGCCCGGCUGGCUUUUAUGCUACUCAACAUUUGAUCAAGACAUUAAAAGACGCAAGAGUUGAUAUAUUAGAUCGAUUACCAGUGCCAUUCGGACUGGUAAGAUUCGGCGUUGCCCCUGAUCAUCCUGAAGUAAAGAAUGUUACCCACACGUUUCAUAAGACUGCACAAAAUCCAAAUGUUAACUUCUUUGGAAAUAUUGACGUGGGAAGAGAUGUUACUAUAAAACAGUUGCGGGAGGCCUACCAUGUUGUUAUAUUGGCAUAUGGUGCAGAACAAGAUAGAGAAUUGCAUAUACCCGGUGAAAAUUUAAACAAUGUUAUAUCAGGACGUCGAUUUGUAGGCUGGUAUAAUGGCCUACCAGUCGACAAAGAUUUGAACAUUGAUUUGGAUGUCGACGAAGCUGUAAUUUGUGGCCAAGGGAAUGUUGCUAUGGACAUUGCUCGAAUUCUCUUAACUCCAAUUGACAAAUUAAAGAACACAGAUAUAACGGCACAUGCAUUGCAGCAGCUAGCACAUAGCAAAGUGCGUAAGGUCUGGUUAAUCGGACGCCGUGGACCUCUGCAAGCUGCUUUUACUAUCAAGGAGCUUCGUGAAUUGAUUAAACUUGAAAACUGUAGUACACAAUGGCGCAGUGCUGAUUUUCAUGGUGUAAGAGAUCACUUACCAAAUUUAGCACGACCACGGAAGCGUUUAACUGAGUUGAUGCUCAAGUCUUUGGAUGAAACUCCUGCUACCAAAUCCAUUUGUAAAAACGUAUUAGCUCCUAUAUUUUUCCGUGGUCCUGCGGAAUUUCAAGGCAGAAAUGCUGUAGAAAAUUUGAAAUUAAGCAUAAAUGAGUUAAGUGGCGAUAACACAACUGGACUUACUGCAACAAGUACAAACAGUUUUGAGAAUAUUAAGUGUGGCUUAGCACUAAGAUGCAUAGGCUAUAAGUCGGUUCAGGUUGAUCCUGACAUUCUGUUUGAUGCGAAGAAUGGCCGAGUCCUAGCCCAACAUGGUAAGAUAGCAGAAAAUUUUUAUGCUACUGGUUGGUUGGCAACUGGUCCUGUAGGAGUAAUAUUGUCCACCAUGACGAAUGCUUUUGAAGUUUCCAAUCGAAUAUGUACGGAGUUGAAAGUAGAAGACAGAAAACCAGGGUGGACCGAAAUCUCAUCUGUUUUAACUCGAAAUAAAGUACAAAUUGUCACGUACGAAGACUGGGAAAAAAUAGACCAAGUGGAACAGCAAAGAGGAAAAAGUGUUGGGAAACCAAGAGAAAAGAUUGUGGACAUUUCCGAAAUGCUUCAUAUAGCAUCUAAGUAAUGAAUAUUAAAUUAUAGUGAAGUAAGUUUAGUACUUUAUUUCUCUACU